AUGAGGUUCCUACGUAGCUUGCCCUUCGUCUCUCUAGCUGCGCGUUCCUGCGUAGCAGAAUCUACCAUAGAGCCGCAAUACAUACUCAGCAACCCUCCCGCCUCGGAAUCAAAUUAUAGGAUUCCGACUUCGUACGAGUCUGCUGUGCUCGGUCGGCGCAUCCUAGCUCUUACUCCACUUGGCACUCUCGCCACAGUCUUCCCGGACUCGUCCCGCGGACGUCAGCCAGAUGGCCUCGGCGGUGUGCCUCUCGGACUGAUGGAGUAUGUAGCUGACUGUGAAGAGGAGGGCAACCCUACUAUCCUGGCUAUUAAGAUCGGGUCUACCUUCAGGAAUGUGGACAGCGGUUCCAACAUCAGCUUAGCCCAGGAAUGGACUCCCCCAUACCCACCAGACAAGCGUAUCAAAUCUACCUUCUUCGACUGGCUGUUUGGACGCGAUGCAGAUACUAAGGAUAGAGUGCCGUACAGCGCGGUCAAUCUUCCGCGUUACAGCUUGCUAGGCUAUAUCGAGAAGAUUAAUUCGUCUGAUGCUAAAGCAUUAUCAUCAUGCUUCGUAGAUACGCAUCCAGAUAGCAAGUACUGGCUCCCAGGAAAUGAGAUCCACGAAUCCGAGUUCGUGAGGCUUGUCGUUACUCAAGUAUACUGGAUUGGUGGUUUUGGCGACAGAGCCUAUAUCGGCUGGAUUCCUAUCGACGAGUGGAAGAACGUUACCAAGAAGGAGUGGGAAAGUGUGAGACUACCUGGUGAGAAGAAGGGCUGGGACGAAUGGAGCACUUCGGAUCUAUGA